AUGCAGAUCCGAGCGCCGCCUCCGCAAUGGGGCGGUGCACGAUGCCAGGGGGUGGUCCUGCGGCAGGCGGAAGGAUACCCAGAGGUGCGGAUCUUUGCAUCUCCUACGUCAGGUGCUGCGGUGGUGGGCACAGUGCCCAGUCAGAGCAGCGCGAUGGAACUCCAAGCUGUCGAUGCCUUUAUACAGGUGCAGGUGGGCGCACUAUGCGGCUGGGUCGGCGCGAAAAACGUGGUCCGAAGUCCCGCCGCCUCUUCCAGGACGCCCUGGCCAGCACAGGCACAGCAAGCAUGGGCCCCAGCGUUGCCGCCGAACCCGGUCGUGGCGCCGCCCCUGUCGCCCUGUGCUGGCGCAAAGCCUCUGUUCACCUUCGAGGACUCAUCAGCAUACCCUGCUUCUCCAGCGAGCGCGGCGAGCGCCUCGCCUUCUUCCUGCUCCGGCAGCGCGGGCUUCAACCCCUCAUGGAGCCAGGCAUCUGUGAAGGUGCCUGCCUCCUUGCCAAGCUACGCCUCGCCCAGCGCAGGGCGCCUGGCAGGCCCAGACUACGGCUGGAUACGAAAGGCAAACGGCCCCGGCGAGCGGCAGCUGAGGCGCUCAGCUGCAGAGGAGACCAUAGCCGCCUGCGAAGCAGGCGGCUAUGUCCUGGACGGUCGGCAGUUCGACUUAGGUGCAGUCGCCUCCAUGUGUGCGCAGACGCAUCUUGUGCACCAUGCCGCCCCAGCGAGGGGCGGAGGAUCGAGGGCGCGGUGGCAGCGGCAUCGCCCAGGCCUUUUGAUUGACGUGGCAUGCGAGCUGACAUCCCGGCAUCGAAAAGUUGCUGUGGUCAAUGCUGCAUCAGCCUACCAUCCAGGUGGGGGGUUCCUCACAGGAGGUCGUCAUGCCCUCGAGGAGUCGCUCUGCAUGCGCUCCACUUUCUCCUUGUCGCUGCGGAAGGCUUCUGCGCUGGCGAGGGCUGAAAAUGUCGCCCCGCCCAAGAGCUGCCAGCCGGCUACGCAGCAGGGCAGGCCCUGGACGUGCCACAUCCCCGAACUCGGCUGCUUGGUUUCCCCGGAGGUCGAGGUUUUCCGUGGUGGCACCGAUGUGGGCUACCCUUUCCUCUCACAGGUGUCCAAAGUCGCCGUGAUCAGCGUUGCGAUGCCGAACCGCAAUCCGCAGGUGCGAGAUGCCCCUAUCGACGCCCCGCCAGAUCCUAGCAGCUAUCAAGCCCUGAUCCUCCAGAAGUUUGCUGCGGUGCUCGCCUCCGCCGGCCGGGUGCUAGGGCCGGACGGUGCGCUUGUCAUUCCGGAUGUCGGCUGCGGGGCGUAUGGCAACGAUCCCAAGGAGGUCGGAUCGCUCUUGGGCGAAGCUCUGCGGCAGCAGCCAGGGCUCUUCGCAGAGAUUCACCUCGUCGGCCAAGAUGGCUUCGCUGACGCAGCAGAAGGCACAGCGAAGGGGUGGUGUUGA